AUGGCGUCGAAGCACCAUCCGAACCCGGCACGGCUGCUGGGGUACUGUGUGGACAUGGAUGUGGCGAAGGAGCGCAUGGAGCAGAUCGUCAUCUACCACUUGGUGCACAACGGCGACCUCGAGAAGUGGGUGGGCACCGACGCCGCCAAGCAGCUCACCCUGGCGCAGCGCAUGGACGCUAAGCAGGCGCUAGAGACGAAUGAUCUGUCGCGCCUGAGGGAUGCGCAGCUGCACCCGCCCUUGCCGGACGACAUCCUGCUGCGAGUUGUGCGCUUCGCCAUCAGCUGCACGCUCAUGCCCACUGCCACGCGCCCCACCAUGAGCCAGGUGUGCAACGAGCUCAGAGCCAUCCGACAGGAAUGCUUUGGCGUGGAGGAGAAUAUAGCAGCGUACAAGGUGGAUGACAAGCUGCGCAGGCAGGAGGCACAGGCGUCUAUUCCAUUGGAGGAACAGCUUGACUACAUCAACUCGAUUGUUUCCUCAACGGUUUACACUUGA